GCAGCGCGACGACAGGAAGUAAGCUCCUGGGCUGCGGUGCUGCGCGGAGUCCCGAGCUCCUGAGUCUGACAGCACCGCGAUCUCCUCUCCCAUCUUCUUCUCGCCGCCAUGGAUAAUGCCUGCGAGUCGCCCACGGAAAAAGGUGGAGAGACAGGGGAGUCAGAUGAGACGGCCGCUGCUCCUGGAGGCCCGGGGGUUACUGACACGGACGGAAUCCCGGAGGAAACUGACGGAGAUGCAGAUGGGGAAUUGAAAGAGGCCUUGGCUGAAGAAGGCGAGCUCAAGAGUCAGGAUAUCUCAGAUUUAACAGCAGUUGAAAGGGAAGACUCAUCAUUACUUACUCCUGCAGCCAAAAAACUGAAAAUAGAUACCAAAGAAAAGAAAGAGAAGAAGCAGAAAGUGGAUGAAGAUGAGAUUCAAAAGAUGCAAAUCCUGGUUUCUUCUUUUUCUGAGGAGCAGCUGAACCGUUAUGAAAUGUAUCGCCGGUCAGCUUUCCCUAAGGCAGCCAUUAAAAGGCUGAUCCAGUCCAUCACUGGUACCUCUGUGUCUCAGAAUGUUGUUAUUGCUAUGUCUGGUAUUUCCAAAGUUUUCGUCGGGGAGGUGGUAGAAGAAGCACUGGAUGUGUGUGAGAAGUGGGGAGAAAUGCCACCGCUACAACCCAAACAUAUGAGGGAGGCUGUUCGGAGGCUGAAGUCGAAGGGGCAAAUUCCCAACUCGAAGCACAAAAAAAUCAUCUUCUUCUAAACCACAGUCUAGAAGGGCCUGGUACUGAGGGAAGAAGUACUCAUUCCAGACUUCCUAUUGCAUGAGACUCUCUGCACUGGUGCUUUAGUAUCUCAGUCCUCGAAGGAUUCCAUGAUGCUUUAAUCUCUUCCUCAAAACUCUCAAAUUCAUUAUACCUUGAAGGCAUGCAGCCUGUUUUAUACUUGCCUUGACUAAAUAUUGGGACCGCUGAGGGCAUUCUGAGGCAUUUAACUAUUACUGGAUAGUUGGAAGAAGAAAGGUUGAUGAACCUUAAGCAUCUUCUGGACAGGAAUGCUGCUUUCAGAAAGAAAACCCUCCCAAGACGGUUUGACGGUUUCACAUUGAAGCCUGAAGUUGCAAUGACUUAGGUUGUUUCUUACAUUUGGUUUUAAGUAAAUGAAACAAUCAGAAACUUUUGACUUGUGAUACUCUACCGUGAAGGACACGGUGACAGCAGGAGUAGUGGAAUAGUCUGUCCUUGUAAACAUUGGUGAGUGAUCAUUAAACUGUUUUCCAAC